CCAUUCAUUCUUUAAUUCAUUCGCCGGCACCGACAUUUCAAGUCACUGUGGUCACUCAUUCGCCGUAUUCCGUCGCCAUCUUUCUUUUCACAACUUUUGUCGGCAGUAAGAUAUAAACAUGGGUACAGUGGAACGCGCUGGUGAUGACCACACUUCCGAGGUGGAGUCCGGAGAGGAGGAGGAAAUUGUAGGGGGUGGCGAGCUGGCUCAGCACCUCAUGAAAAGCGGCAUUACCCGCAACGAGAUGCUAGCGGCUAUCACCAACCGCAUCCACGUCGAGGCUAUGGCGUCUCUGCCACCAAACGUGCGCAGGCGCAUCCGUGCUCUGCGCACUCUGCAGAAAGAGUUCGUCGACAUCGAGGCUAAGUUCUACAGCGAAGUUCAUGCGCUUGAGUGCAAAUACGAAAAAUUGUACAAGCCUCUGUUUGAAAAGCGUGCUUCGGUUGUGAACGGUGGCUACGAGCCUACUGAUGAGGAGUGCCUGAACCCCUGGCGCGAUGAGAAUGAGGAGGAGGAACUCGCGCGUGCAGUGCAGAGCGCUGCCAUCACCGACGGUUCUGAAGAGAAGAAACCUGAAGAGAAACCUGCCGAGCCACCAAUGGAUCCUAAUGUUAAGGGCAUCCCAGACUUCUGGUACACCAUAUUUAAGAAUGUUUCUAUGCUGUGUGAGAUGAUGCAGGAGCAUGACGAACCCAUCCUCAAAUGUUUGCAGGAUAUUAAAGUGCAAAUGCACGAGGAUCCUAUCGGUUUCACACUGGAAUUCCACUUCGCACCCAAUGAUUACUUCACAAACACCAUCUUGACGAAGGAAUAUUCAAUGAAGUGCAAGCCUGAUGAUGAGAACCCUCUGGAGUUCGAAGGUCCCGAGAUCUACUCAUGCAAGGGUUGUGAGAUCAACUGGAAGAAGGGCAAGAAUGUAACAGUGAAGACGAUAAAGAAGAAGCAGAAGCACAAGUCCCGUGGUUCAGUGCGUACCGUCACCAAGUCGGUGCAGGCUGAUUCAUUCUUCAACUUCUUCUCGCCACCCACCAUGCCUGAUGACCCCAACUCCACUCUCGCCUCUGAUAUUCAGGCGCUGCUCACAGCAGACUUUGAGAUCGGUCACUACAUUCGCGAGCGUGUCGUGUCGCGCGCCGUCCUGCUCUACACCGGCGAGGGUCUUGACGACGACGACGAUGAUGAUUAUGAGGAAGAGGAGGAGGAGGAAUGCUCCACCGAAGAGAGUGAAGACGAGGAGCCGGCGCCGCGGAGACGAGGCAAGAAGCCCAUCAAGGGCGCGCAGGACAACCCCGCCGAGUGCAAGCAACAAUAGUGCGCGGGCAGCCGGCUGCACUACUGCGCCACUCUUAUCUAACUGUCGAGGUCUGUGCAUACGAAACGUAUGUUUGGUGCUGAAUAUCUACUUGUCAUUCACUACAUUCAACUCGCUACUUAGUUCUCGUAAGAACGCAGAAUGAAUUCGUUGUCAAACUUAUUUUAUUCACUCGGUUCUUUGUAGUGGACGGCAAUGUUCUUUAAACUGUCAAACACCAAGCGGUCACCGGUGACCGCAACCUAUUGUUCUAUAAUUGUGUCUACAAAACCGGUACUCGACGAGUUAAUCAGUUCUAAGGUAAAUUGUAUUAAAUAGACCUUCAUAAUCAAUGUCGUAAACGUACGCGCAACGUUUAGAUACCAGAUUCUAACUCGUCGAUACAUAAAUGAAAUUGAUAUACUUGUCCUGUAUUUGUGAUGUUGUACUGCUUUGUCUAUGAAGAUUAUACUGCCGUGAACGUAAGGAAAUAUUGUCACCACCGACCUCGCCAUACACAAAUGCACUAAAUUUAAUGCAGUGACUGAUAUGUAUAGGAUGCUUUUUAUUAGAACGUGAAAGAGUUUUACUAAGUAACCUCGCAAGCCGUCUCCUCCACAUUCCUAUUUCGUGUCAAAACACAUCAAAAUGUAAGGAAUGCUACACAAUGCAGUCUUCGAAACGGUGACGUGAGCAUCGUUGUGCGCUUUUAUUAUUUUAAUAUGUAACUGGCAGACUGGGAAAGUGCAAAAACCAACUUUAAACGGUGUAUUUAUAGCGCUCAAUUAAUGUAACACUUGUCUCCGCUUCGAAGUUAAAAACCAUUUUAAUUAUCCGCCUUGUUCAUUAUUUUUGAUAAAUCUAAAUCGGGUUGGUGCUUACGGCACGAUAACUAGGUUAAUACGACUUGUGAUGUAGUUAACAGUCUGUUAACAUGUUUGAUGUAACGGUCUAUGAGACGGUAAUUAAUAUUAAAUAAUGUUAUUUUGUACUUUAUAAUGCGCCAUUAUCGUAAAUACUUGGAACUUCAAUGCAAAUUGUUAUGUUAUGACCGGUAGAGGUUAUGUUGUAGGCGUAAUUGUUAUGUUGUUACUUAUAACUUCAUUUUGAUUGUAAGGCUAUUGAGGAGCAGUGUUCUUUUUAUAAUGAUAUAACGUAUUGCUCGCAUCGCGUACACCAGCUAUAGGGUAUUUGUACACGUAACAUUUUUAAAUAAAUUUCGUAAUUAAAAUA